AGACCGUUAACUCUACCUGACCACGUUGCAUAUGAAGAAUUGAGGCUAAAGCAUUGCAAACUUUCCUCAGCUCCAGUGGCGGCAAGUGGUUACCUGCGAUAUCAGAGAUGUUACGUUUCCCGUCGAACGCCUGAAGGAUCAUGCCACGUAGUAGCCCUAGAUCGACGUCUGGAACCCUGAUGCGAUACAUUUCGUGCGUGCGUUGUAUAAAUUGCAUGAAUAAGUAGUUAAAGAGAAUCAAAUCGUUGCUUCCUUCACUUCUAUCGAUUGGCACGUAAUGAAAUGGUCCAUUGAUUAGUGUUACAUGAUGUGGGGUCUGUUUCAGCUCUUCCAGGUCCUCGUUCUUAAUCAAUCGCUCCUCAAACUCCUCAGGUUUUGUGUUUGUGGCCUUAUCGUCCCUGA